GGAAUUUGCAUUCCUGUCGGCUUGUCAUACUACCAAGUGGGCGUUCUGUCAAUUCCCGAUGAGUCGAUUCAUCUCGCUGCGGUAAUGCAGUUCUCCGGAUUUCGCAGUGUGGUUGGAUCUAUGUGGCCCGUUGAUGAUGAUGUUGCAGGCUAGAUCGUCUCUCUUUCCUACGAAAGCCUAGCUGAUCCGUAAUGAGAACAUAUAUAACCAAACGACGGAAGGAAUAGAUUAAUCAAGAUAGGUCAUCGUAUCGCACGAACACCUUGCAACAAGACACA